UUGGUUAUCUUCGGCUUUCCCUGUUAAAUCUACUUUCUAUUUGCGAUCAUUUGACUCUACAUACUUUGGUGUGUUAAACAUGAUUAUUGUGGUAACUUUAUUGUGUAUCUUGAGUUUACAUACCUCACAAUGUGUGUCCUUCAGAUACACCAACACAUCGUGUUUGGAGACUUAUAAACAGAACAGAACAAACAUGGAUAAAAUAACCUACACGGGUGAACACGUGGUCAAUCACUGCAUUCCUGAUGAUCAACAUAAGGAAGUGGAAGUUUGUGUACGGUGGAAAUGGAUUACUCCAGAUUACUGUCCGUACUAUGAUAAGUUCUCAGAUGCUAUAAAAGAAGUGCCCUGUUCCUUUUACUGUCUGUGGAACGAGGAUUUGCAUGACGUUUGCACCUGUCCAUCAAGAAAGAAAGAUGCAUGCAUUAACAUAUGUAAAGAUGUGUUUGGAUCAUAUAUGUAUAUCUUCUGCGAGGUCUCUUCCUCAGUUACUCCAAAGAAUUCAAUGGAUUCACAAAAAGAUAAAAGUGGCGUUUACAUUUGGGUUGCCCUAUGUAUAAUUGUAGCGGUUAUACUUUUGGUUGGUUUUCUAAUCUGCAAGAUAAGACGUCAGAGACAAGGGAACGAGGAAUAUCUACAAGGAGAUGUGAAAGGAUCUCAGUUAAAAAUUGAUGAAGGGGGAAGAGAAGACGACGGAUCCGAUGAAAGUGACAAUGUUACAGAUGAUUUGUUGUCGGAUGAGAGUGUUAAUGACGAGUUUCGUUUUUUGUCUGAGGAUUAUAUUAGUAGUCCUAAGGAGAAACAAAACGUGACCGAAAACGAAGAAAAGGACCAAUAUGGCAGAACAGAUUACGACAGAUAAUGCUUCCGAAUGUUCACUCAAUUACGCUGAAGUUAGCAGCCGUUAAGAAAAAUCACUGAUUAAAAGACUGAGAAUACCCAAGGAAAAUUUUUAAUCUGAUAUCUAUUUGAAAGGCAAAUGUUGAUUGAAUUCAUGGUUUAAAGUUAAAGAUAUGUCAAUUGCAGCACACUGGAGCGACUUAGCUCACAUGAGAGAUUACACGUGGAUGAUGGAUCUAAUUGAUAUAUGUAAUUUGUAAUGAAAAGGAUGGCGCGAAUAAAUUGACCACAAAUUUCA